AUGCAUCGGAAAAUGCUGGUCAUCUGCAGUUGGGCAGCUGCAGGCAUUUUCGGAUUGCCAAGUCCAAUUUUGGCUCGAAUUGUAAACCAAACAUGUGUUUAUGAUUUUACACGUGUCACACCAAAAGCCUACAUUGUAAGUGUGUCCGUGACAGCGUUCUUCUUACCAGCCCUCUUUAUUGCCGUCUGUCAUGUCAUUAUGGUGGUGCGGAUAUGGCAAGCCGGUGUUACUACCGAUAAAGAUUCGAUAGUUCAAACCGACAAGCCGGCAUCGAAACUCCGUCGAGUCGUGACGCAUAUGUUCCAUGAUCCUCAAACCCAACAGACUAAUAGUAAUUCGGAAAGCAAAACGAUUUCUCAAAGCACCAAAUUUGUCCCCCUCUUGUCUUCAACCGGUUGUAUUCCACGGGCGAGAAUAAAGACGGUGAAAAUGACACUUGUUAUAGUUUCAGCGUCAAUUAAUUCCUCUGUGAACCCACUGAUCUUCUGGAUAUUCAGUGCUCAUACGAUUAUUACGGAGCGCCGAAAGAACCGUCAAAGUAAGGUGGUGCAGCGACAGCAUCGUCGUUGGAAAUGCAGAGAUCGAAAUCGAAUAUGCCAAAGCAGGGAGGAACGCAGUGAGGAGCCAAUGACUUUGAAAGCUCGGCGUAAUGAAUAUCGGUACGCAAAUAACCGGAAGAGAAUUCUUACCAACCAUAAGGAAGAGGAGAGUGUUGAAGUCAUUCACAGUGAAACUACUCCACCACCCUCUUCAGACACUAUUACCCUAAAGAAAUCCGAGGAGAAUUCGUACCUUAAUAAGGAGGAAAUCAAUCCAAUUAAAAAUACUUCCUAUUCCUCUAAAGGAAAUUAG